UAAUUCAAUCCCACCCCCUCUUCUUAUCUUCCCACCUCCCCUCAAAAAUCACAUCUCUCAACUUUCACGAACCUCAAACCUUCCCAACAAUGGCGUCCGCCACUUUAACUUCUUCCUCGCCGACGCGUCUCCGACAACGACGACCCCCCGGCGCCCGAGAAUUAUCGAAAUCCAACCCCGUAAAUCUGAUUAGCUUUUCGUUUUCGCCGUUGAAGAGGGGUGCGGCAGUGGUGGUGAGGUCGAGGACGGCAGAGUACGGCGCGGCGGUAGCGGAGGAGGAGGAGGAGAUGGGGAGGAUCCGGCGGCUGCAGAACGGGUCGGACGUGCGGGGGGUGGCGGUGGAGGGGGAGAAGGGGAGGGAAGUGGACCUGACACCGGCGGCGGUGGAGGCGAUCGUGGAGAGCUUCGGAGAGUGGGUGGUGGAGGGGGAGAGUGGGCGGCGCGUGGAGCGCGUGAGGGUGUCGCUGGGGAGGGACCCGAGAAUAUCGGGGGGUUGCCUGAGCUCGGCGGUGUUCGCCGGACUUUCGAGGGCGGGGUGUUUGGUGUUCGAUAUGGGACUGGCCACCACGCCGGCGUGCUUCAUGAGCACCGUUUUGCCUCCAUUCUCUUACGAUGCUUCCAUUAUGAUGACAGCAUCUCAUUUACCGUAUACUCGAAACGGGCUGAAGUUUUUCACGAAGAGAGGAGGGCUGAGGUCGCCGGAGGUGGAGCAGAUAUGCGAGAGAGCCGCCGUGAAGUACGCCAACAGAGCGGUGAAAGUCUCCACCGUUCUCCCAACGUCGACGUCCAGGGUGGACUUCAUGGCGGCGUACGCCCACCACCUCCGCCAAAUCAUUAAACAAAGAAUCAACCAUCCUUUGCAUUACGAUACUCCUCUCCAAGGAUUUCAGAUAAUAGUGAAUGCUGGUAAUGGAUCGGGAGGAUUCUUCACCUGGGAUGUCUUGGGCAAGCUCGGCGCCGACACGUUUGGUUCUCUUCACCUCAACCCGGAUGGCAUGUUCCCCAACCACAUUCCCAACCCUGAGGACAAAACCGCCAUGUCACUCACCCGCGCUGCUGUCCUCGAUGCCCAAGCCGACCUUGGUGUCGUCUUCGACACCGAUGUCGACCGCAGUGGCAUCGUCGACCGCCACGGCAACCCGAUCAAUGGCGACAAGCUCAUCGCUCUCAUGUCAGCCAUUGUGCUCCGAGAGCACCCUGGCACAACUAUCGUCACGGAUGCUCGCACCAGUGUUGCCCUAACCAAGUUCAUCAUCGAUCGAGGCGGGCGGCAUUGCCUGUACCGCGUCGGGUACCGCAACGUCAUCGACAAAGGAAUUCAGCUCAACCUCGAUGGGGUCGAGACGCAUUUGAUGAUGGAGACCUCGGGGCAUGGUGCCCUUAAGGAGAAUUAUUUUUUGGAUGAUGGAGCUUAUAUGGUGGUGAAGGUUAUAAUUGAAAUGGUGAGGAUGAAGCUUGAGGGAUCGGAUGAAGGGAUUGGGAGUCUCAUAAAGGAUUUGGAAGAACCAUCAGAGGCUGUGGAAUUGAGAAUGAACGUCAUAUCUGAGCCAAGAUUUGCCAAAGCAAAGGCUGUGGAGGCAAUUGAGACUUUCAGAAACUUUGUCCAGGAAGGGAAGAUUGAGGGAUGGGAACUGGACUCAUGUGGAGACUGCUGGGUGAGCGAAGGCUGCCUGGUAGACUUGAAUGACUAUCCCAACCCAAUUGAUGCUCAGAUGUACAGGGUUAAAGUAUUUGAUAAGGAAAAUAGGGAAAUUGGUUGGGUGCAUUUAAGGCAGAGCAUCCACAAUCCAAACCUUGCUUUGAAUAUGCAAUCAUCUUUGCCUGGAGGCUGCCUCCAAAUCACCACAGACUUCAGAGAUAAAUUUCUAGUGGUGAGCGGAUUGGAUCGUUUCCUUGAUGUGGGUCAGGUGGAGAAGUUCGCAAAGAAUGGAGUUGUAGGAUAGGGGAACAAUUGAAAAUAAUUGAUUUUGGAGUUUAAUUAGAAAAAUGUACAGUAGGCAGAUAUAAACUAUAUUAUAUACACCCGAACAUGAGCAUUAUAUCUCAACAAUAAUUGAUACAUAGUCUUUUGUUCAAAGUCGGAGGUUCAAUUUUUCGUAUUUGUCGUAUUAGAAAAAAUUAUAUUAUACAAUUUUGCUCUUGAUGGGAUGGAAAAUGUAUAAUAUCCAAUGCAAUCACACGUCUUCUCA